AUAUCGUCGUCUUAUGGAAUGUAACCGACGUCUCAUAAAAAAUGAACCCACGAGAAAGCGAGUUAGAGACCAAGUACAAUAUUUGUUUCGACUGCCUAGAAGAUGGAUGCAACUCGUACAAAACAAGUUGCACGGAUCGACGGGACUUGGAAUAGUGAGUGGUGGUUUUAGUCUUGAUACCCAGUCAUCGGUGCAUAAGGAAAAUAGUGAAUAACAACUUGGAUGACUAUCCUUUUUUUUUGUACCUACAUAGUGAUGACCCAAAAGAGAAUUCAAAGUAGUGAAUAUAAACGAGUGGAUGCGGUGUAUUUUCGGUGAAGAAUUUCUUAUACCAA